AUGGAUUGGAAAACGCUGCAGGGGCUGCUCAGCGGGGUCAACAAGUACUCCACAGCCUUCAGCCGCAUCUGGCUCUCCAUGGUCUUUGUCUUCCGUGUGCUGGUCUACGUGGUGGCGGCCGAGAAGGUCUGGGGCGACGAGCAGAAGGACUUUGACUGCAACACGCGGCAGCCGGGCUGCACCAACGUGUGCUAUGACCACUUCUUCCCCAUCUCCCACAUCCGCCUCUGGGCCCUGCAGCUCAUCUUUGUCACUUGUCCUUCCCUCCUGGUCAUCAUGCACGUGGCCUACCGGGAGGACCGUGAGAGGAAGAACCGGGAGAAGAACGGAGAGAAUUGCCCCAAGCUCUACAGCAAUACAGGCAAGAAGCACGGCGGGCUGUGGUGGACCUACCUGUUCAGCCUCUUCUUCAAGCUUGUCAUAGAGAUCCUGUUCCUCUACCUCCUCCACAAGAUGUGGGACAGCUUCGAUUUGCCACGGCUGGUCCAGUGCACCAACGUGGAUCCGUGUCCCAACACCGUGGACUGCUACAUCGCUCGGCCAACCGAGAAAAGGGUCUUCACCUAUUUCAUGGUUGGAGCUUCCUCCAUCUGCAUCGUCCUCACCGUCUGUGAGAUCUUCUACCUCAUCUUCAAGCGAGUUGUCCAGAGGACAAGGAAGUGGAGGAAAUCCAAGCGCUCCGUCAGCUACAGCAAGGCCUCCACCUGCCACUGCCACGUCAAGUCAGAGGAGAAGGACAGCAAGUCCCAGCCGAGGUGUGUGGCAGCCCUGACUGCUCUCUGA